UACGAAGCUCUACAGUCGAUUAUUUCUCCGUCUCCCUUGUAGCGUUGAGACUGGAUUGAUUUUCACAAUCCACGCACGCGCAUCUCGCUCGCUCUCUCCGGACGGGAUCGCUACCGCUUGUCAACGGGGAGGACCAUACAUGGCGAGUAAACUCGGAGCCAACUCCACUCCGAGUCUCGAACUAUUCUUGGGCUGAUAAUCAAGAUCGUCCCUUUACAAGCAAGCUGAUGAUAUGUUAUUCUGCUUCAUUUUGUACUCUGAAGGAGUGGGGUUUAUUGAAUUCAAUGAUAAAGUUAGGGUUUUCACCUGGGUUCUUUUGAUGGUGGGUAAUUGAGAUCUUUCUUUCGCUGCUGGUUGUUAUAAUGAUUUGGAAGUGGAGGGGAAUUUCAUGUGUUUGUUCAGUUGUCUGAAACUAAGGGGUUUUGAUCUGCAUUGAUUCAAUUUUGUGAGGAAAUUGGGGGGUUUGAAUUGUAAUUGUAAAAUAUGGUUGAGGAGUCAUCUGAUAUUAUGAACCUUGAUUUGAAUUUGGGUCCUGGACCUGAGGCUGGCUCAGGAUCAAUAACUGGUGAAGCGGUGAAUCCAAAUGAUUGGGUUGUUGAACCCUUUAAUAGAAUUAGGGAGGCUGUUAGUAGGCGUAGGGCUCGCCAGCGGUGGCGAUGGCGACAUGUCCGAAUGUCACCUGAAGCGCAAAACCUAUCAAUGGAAUUGAAUCAAUUGAUGGGUAAUUCUGGCAAUAUGACCACAUUACAUGCAGGUGAGGGCAGUGUUGCUGCUGAGGAUAGAACAACUGAGGUACCAAAAAUGUGUGAAACCAACAACGGGUUCUUGGAAGAUGAGGCGUCGGAGAAAAAGGAUGAUGUUGUGAAGGGUGUUGGAAAUGAUGGGAGCUUUUUUGAUUGCAAUAUAUGUUUGGACUUGUCUAAGGAUCCCGUUGUAACUUGUUGUGGGCACUUGUUCUGUUGGUCGUGCCUAUAUCUGUGGAUACAUGUGCAUUCAGAUGCAAAGGAGUGUCCCGUCUGCAAGGGAGAGGUGACCAUGAAGAAUGUUACCCCGAUAUAUGGUCGUGGGAGCAAUAAUCAUACCCUUGAGCCAGAGCAGGAUCCAAAACUUAAAAUUCCUCUUAGGCCCCAUGCACGACGGGUUGAGAGUUUGAGGCAAACCAUUCAGAGGAAUCCUUUUGGUUUCCCAGUGGAGGAGAUGAUUCGACGACUUGGAAGUCGAUUUGACCUUGCAAGGGAUUUGACUCCUCCACAGGAUCCCAGCAAUGAACGUGAAACUGCAGAGAGAACUAAUUCCUUGCUCAACAGGUUUUUGACUUCUAGAGGGAUGCGUACGGAACAAAGUCCUGCUGCCCCACCUGAGGAAGUUGUAGAUUUAAUACAGAGCAGCUCCAGUGGCCCUGAGGCAGGGCAAUCUUCACGCCUUCAGUCUCUGCUACUUCGAAGAACCCAAUCACAGUUGCAAAGAGCUACAACAGUCUCUUCUCUAUCCACUGCUUUGAAUUCUGCUGAAAGAUUGGUUGAAGCUUAUUUUCGAAGCAAUACUGUUGCUAGACAUCAAGAGCAGUCACAACCAGUUGACGAUAGAGAUUCCUUCUCGAGCAUAGCUGCUGUUAUAAACUCAGAGAGUCAAAUUGACACUGCAAUGGAAAUCGACUCUUUGGUAACCCUUUCCACUUCAUCUUCUAGAAGAAGAAAUGAAGCUUCAAGGGUUUCAGAUGUGGACAGCGGGGAUUCUCGUGCUCCCAGAAGGAGACGGUUGAACUAGCAAGAAUUUGUCUAAAUAAUCUCAUUCUGGGAAUAAUCCAACCCCCUGCCCAAAGUAUGUAAGAUUCAAACAACGGUUGAAGCCGAUGCCUCGGUAUGUAUUCAUAUAUCAUCCUACAAAUUAUGACUUUUAUGCUACAUUGGUUCCUUCUCAUUAGGUCGCUUUACAAGUUUAAAGCCUUUAUGUAUCAUCAUCCUCAUGUUUAAUGGCUUAAUGCUGUUGUCAUGGUUCAAGUAGUUCUAGUUUUGCAUUCUUGUGUUGAUGAUCCGCUUUUUCUUUUCUGUUUGCUACCUGCAUAUUGGUAGCUUCUACCAUUCAUAUGCUUGUGAUUCUGGGGAAAAAAAAUAUUGUCCUGCAAUAACAUCAAUAUUUGUUUUGGAA